AUGGGUGGUGUCCCCAGGUUUGUGUUUCGGAAUGACAAAUCCUUCAAAGAGAUCUUGGAGAAGGGGUUCCCAUCAACAGCCAUCUUAUGCUGGGAGAAUGAUAGUGUACUGCCUAAAAUAUGGCUUGCAUUUAUCUUUGAAGCAGUGGUAUGUGAAGCAAGUGUGACAAGAGAUGAUGAAAAAACUGGGGGCAAUUAUAUGAUGAUAAAGUUGAGAGGUGGAUGCCAGUUAUGUGUUCAGUUCAUCUGUGAGACCUUGGUAGUGGAACUGGCCUGUGAAGCCUUGCAGGCUGCAGUGACAUAUGGCCAGGUUGAUAUGAAGAAGAAGUGCCUUGCUUUCAUUGAAGGUUCCACACGGGAGGUUGUCAAGACUCGGGGUUUCCAUGAACUCUCAGAUGUUGCUAUGAUAGAGAUUCUCCAUAGUGACUCCCUUAUGAUUGAUGAGUUUGAGCUGAUUAGAGCAGUCCGUGAAUGGGCCCAUGUUAAUUCGGUGGUUCUUGACAAAUCAGUACCUGAAAUAUCCAAGGAAGUGGUAAAGGAGCUCCGUCUUGCUCUUCUGUCACCUGAAGAACUUACCUCUCUAGAGAAUGACAACAAAAAGGAAAACUUCAUUCCAGUUGAGAGGAUUGCCGAAACAUGGAAGUUUCACGCCUUGAAGAAAGGAAGCGGCGCCCCAUUCCAUCUGUUCAAGAGACGAAUAGGCACACUUUCCAGAGAUCACCACAAAUACCUUGACCUGUAUUAUAAAUGAAAGACUGGGGGUCAGACUUCAGCAGCUGGUACUCAGACGUGUCUCACUGCUUUUCAGAAAAGAUCAGGCAUGACGCGUUAGCUGUGGUAUCCAUAAGGGUUAAAUAAAUGGCAUAUUUAAAGGGACUUGUAAAGGUAUUGACAGACAGGUCAGAUUUUCUGAUGAAGUGAGUUGUUAAAGCAAUCCAUAGUGUGGAGGAGGCAAUGAAUAUUGUACUGCAGAAGCUAAAUGAAUGUGAAUAUAGUAAUGCUGUUGUCACGGAAGAUUUCAUGGCUGUCUCCUACAGCAUUAAGUGUGUAUGUCCUUGACAGACUGCAUGCAUGAUUGUGGAUUGCUAGUGACAACAAAAGGAUACAUAGAUUAUUUUCCUCACUUAACUAAUUGUGCUAGUGAGCUGAUAACUGCUGACCUUUUUUUUUUUUAAAUUGACUGGCCUCAUGGAGACUGCAGACACGUGCUGCUCCUGGAAAAAUAUAGGCUAAGAGUUACUGACUCUUUAUAUACUGAUCCUAAUUCGAUGGUUAUUACAAUAUAUGAGACAGACAUGCCCAGUACUUUUGCCUUUGAGACUCGUUUCAUGCAUCACUUAUCUUGUGGGCAGACUUUGUGUAACUGGACUUUGGAUUCAAAAUACCAGAAUUGCUCUUUCAUGGUCACCAAAAUGUUAGGGGUAAACGAUUGAACUUGACUUUGUUUCAGUAACUAGAAGCAUUAUCAGAGCUGACUGUUCCUGGCAAACUGACAGGUUUUGCUCUGCUUCUGAGAAAAGAUCCCUCUUUCCUCCAAAAGAACACACAUUUGAUUAGGAUUUCAAAGAGCAUUGCUUUCCUUUAAGAAUUGGUGCCACUGAAAUGCAAGUUUGUUGCAAGUCGCUGAUAACCAAUAAACCCCAAACCAAGGGCAAGAGAAACACAUCUACUUGGUGCCUCAUAUUUAAACAGACUUUCCUAAACUUACCAUAUGAAUUCCUAUUCUUGCUAUUUUUUUAAUUAUUCAUUUAAUAUUGAUAACCGAAAUGUAAUUUAAAGUAUGCUGUCACUGCAUAUUUCCUGCAGUAAAGCUUUCAGACAUAAUGUAAAAAUAACUGUGAUAUAACAGGAUAAGUUAUACCACAUGGUGCCAAUAUAAAUGCAGAACAAACAAGUUUAUUUUAUUAUUUAGUAGAGAUGGACAUCUGAGCAUAUAUAAAAGCCACAUUCAUUUUA